CGGGCCGUUCGCCAAGGGCCGGCUCGGCCCGGCCGCGGGCAGCCUCGCCUGCGGACCGGCGCGGGGGCGCGGGUGGGGCUGCAACCUUUGCGCGAACGUUGUUUGUAAGUGGGCGGGCGCAGGUCUGGCCAGACUCCUGCGGGUCAGGUGCUGCCGGAGGCCGGACAGGUGGUUCCCAAGAGAAGGCCGGGUGGUGAGCUGAGGGAGGCGGCAGCUCCUGUGGGUCCUCACUGUGCACUUGGAGGCCGCCGCGUCCCCUGUGCCCUCCAUUCUGCCUCAGCCACCUUUCAUUUCCCCUCCUCCCCCAACCCGUUCCCGUCACACGCCCCACCUCAGGGUUCCCGGGGAGUCUGGCUGUUUUAGCACAAACUCUCCCAAAAGAACGGAAGAAGGCAGAUGUACAGAAGUAGAAGAUCGAAUGGCGAGUCUGCCAAACGAAACCUGACUUGACUUGAAUGGUCCGCUCUCUCUUUUCCGCGGCCCUCAACAUUGUGGAUGGACCGCAGGAGUGGGAGAGGGCACGGCCGAGGUCUUAGGGAACGGCCAGGAAGUCCUGCAGGAUUUGAACAGUGCCUGCCUGGCACAGAGGGCUGAGGCCAGGCAGGGCACCCUGGUCAGAUCUGCCAGGAGGAACACGUUUUCAGGGUCGCCUUCCAGCCCCACUGUCCUCCCAGGUGGGAGGGGGUAGGAAGUUCAGGAGUGCAGGGUUAGGACGGUGCUGCUCUGUCAGGGCACGCCCUUACCCAGAGGUGGCAGUGGGACAGGCCCUCCCCCAGGUCACAGAAAGGCCCCGUCCCUGUCACUGCCUUCAGAGCAAGCACGUUUUUGACUUUGUUGGAGAGAUGGGUGGGCUUGAGGGCGGGCUUUAGAUACGAUCCUCUCAAGUUGGAUUACUGUUUCCUGGCAGAUCUGAGUGGGGGUGCUGUGGGGAGUGACAGCGGUCGGUGGGGACAGUGGGGAGGUCCUGACUGCGACCUGUGAGCCCUCUCCCGCCCUCCGUCUGGGAGUCAGCCACCUUGCCGACUCCCUGAGUAACCCUGUCAUGCCGUCCAGUUCUGUGCUUCUCGGAAGUGGGGUACCUGGGCCACCUCAGGAGCUCAUCCUGUUGGGCUACAGUGAAGGUCAGGAGAAACUUGUGUCUUCGCCCUGAGGUGCUGGUCAGUCUCCCCUGCAGGCUUGGUGGGCGGAGGUGGUGGUUAUGUGAACACCAAAUGCAGUUGACUCUUGAACAACACAGGUUUGCACUGUGCUCGUUUGUGGAUGUUUUUCAAAAAACAGACGGCCCUUCGUGUCCCCGGGUUUCGCAUCUGCGGAUUCAGCCAACCGUGACUGAAAACAGUUUUCGAUGCACGGUCGGGAAUCCGCGGAUGCAGAGGGCUGACUGCGUGGGUCCAUGCUGCUUUGUAGAAGGGACUCGAGCAUCCGCAGAUUUCGGUACCCACAGUGGUCCUGGAACCAAUCCCAGGCGAAUGCCGCGGGACGUCUGUAAAUUUUUGGGGGAGUCCAAAGUUAUACUCAGAUUUUCGGUCGCCGGGGGGUCAGCUUGCCUAAGCCUGCGUUGUCCAGGGUUGACAACGCGGGCUUGGACACUCCAGGAUACAGUGCAGAACACGCAGGGAUUUUAGGGGUGAAGCCGGAGUUCAGAUGAAGGUCGUGCUUCUGGCUGGUCCCUCAGAGGAGGCGGUCAUUCUGGGUCCUGACAAAACUCGGUGACAGUAGCUCAGGAAGAGAGGACUUCUCAGGACACCUCCCUCCCUCAGCUGCAGUAUCGGAGACUCUGAGGGGACAUCUCCAGCCCUUGAGUGAUAAGAGACUCCUGGCUGGGUUGAAGCCUGGUCCUCCCACAAGGUUGGCCGUGGGUAACACAGUGGGGGUGGGGUCGGAGCUGGCGGCAGGGGGAAGGGUAGGCCGCUGCCAGGUGAGACUGGCACAGGUAGCAGGCAGGCGGAAGCAGCACUGUCUCGUGGACACUGAGCGUCUGUGGCCCUGCGGAACCUGGCUGCCUGUAUGGGAACGUGACACGCCCAGGAAAAUUACACCUGUCGUUGGGGGAGACAUGGGGGGCUUACCAGGGCAGUCCCAUUGCGGUUCCGACUCACUUCACCUGGGUCCCGCCCCCGCCGUGGCCUGCGAUCUGCCUAGGGUUACACGGGAAAGCAGGAAAGUUCCAGGCGGGGCCGGGGAUCGGGUGCGCGGCAGCUGCUGCAAGUUUCAUGAGCUGGUGGCUGAUCGCUGCCUCGGCGGGCCGCUUCCUGCCGGGCCCGGCUGUGGCUGGGCUGGGCCCUGGACCUGCUGGGCAGGCUCCCGGUGUCCUUGAUGAGCCUGGACUGGAGGCGAGUGUCGCAGACCUUGCCCGUAGGAUGCAGUUGGGAGGGGCAGGCGAAUCUUCACAUUUGGGGCAUUGGAGAAGCCACUUUCAGGGGCAGCAGAGGACGUACCCCUCCCCGCCAUGGCGCCUUGGUGUUUCAGGGGUGGGGGACUAAGCCAUGGACUUCUCUGCAUGCAGGAGAGAAAGCAGGCUUAAAAGGUGCAGAGAACAUACCCACCCAAAGCCACUCGACUAGUGUCUGAGUCACAGCUGGACUGUGACCCGGGCCUGCCUGGUCCUGAUAUCUGGACGAGAGGCGCAGCCCUCGUCUCAGGCAAAUCCAGCCCGCAUUUUCCAAGCCAGAGGCCCGCGUCGGUGGCCAGCCCUGUGAAUGGGGGCGCCUGCCCUGGCUUGAGGCCUCGAGAGACAUUCUCUUUCUCAUCAGAACCACCUUGUCACGCGGGUACUGGUGCAGCCGGGGAUCAGAGGGCAGGCUCCCCCAAGACCCAGAAGAGGGGGGAUGAGUUGCCCUCACAGCCUCACCAAGCUCCGAGAACCUGCCGCACCCGUGCUGUGGGGCUUGGGGCAAACUCCUGCGUCCCCACCUGUGACGUGCAGUGGCUGCCUGGGCCUGACUUGUCUCGGAUGGCAGAGGGGAGGCUUCUAGGUGCUGUGAGGAAGGAGUCUCAUGAUUUUACACUGUUUCCCCAGCCCAGGCGGCCCUCCCAGCAGGCUCUGUCCCGUCCUCCCUGCUAAUUCCUGCCCUUGUCUCUUGCUUUCAAGCCUGCGCCAUCUCCGGCCUCUUCAGCUGCAUCACCAUCCACCCUCUGAACAUCGCGGCUGGUGUGUGGAUGAUCACGAACGCCUUCGUCCUGCUGCUCUGCGAGGCGCCCUUCUGCUGCCCGUUCAUCGAGUUUGCGAACACGGUGGCGGCGACGGUGGACCGGCUGCGCUCCUGGCAGAAGGCGGUCUUCUACUGCGGGAUGGCCGUCGUUCCCGUCGUCAUCAGCCUGACCCUGACCACGCUGCUGGGCAACGCCAUCGCCUUUGCCACCGGAGUGCUGUACGGACUCUCCGCUCUGGGCAAGAAGGGCGAUGCAAUCUCCUACGCUAGGAUCCAGCAGCAGAAGCAGCAGGCGGAUGAGGAGAAGCUCGCAGGGACCCUGGAGGGGGAGCUGUGAUGGGGUCUGGGGGCCCUGCCCUCCCCGCUCACCCUCCGGUUCUGCGUGAGCACGUCCAGGAGGGGCGGGGCCUGGCGGGGCAGCCUGGAGCGGACAGGUCUGGCUCCCCUCAGCUUCGGCACCCGGCCCUGCGCCCGGAGCCCUGUCUGCCCCCACUCCAGAUCGGCGUUUCCUGGCCCUGAGCUGGUGCCGAGGUGCUGAGAGCCGUGACCGGCAGCAGAGAGACGGCGGCAUGGGCCGCGGGUGGAUUUCCAAGCUUCCGCAACUGGCAGAAAUGCGGGGACCUGCUCAGAGCCCGGGGGGCGCCCCCGGAGAUGGGAGUUCUGGCUCCAGGUGGGCGGCCUGGGCAUCGGCCGGAGCCUCCUGUGUGCUGAGCCGCUGGGCUCACCCCGCCCACUCGUCGUCAGGGCGCAGCAGCGUCCUGAGGGCCGGCUGCUGCCACCACGGCCCCCAGCCGCUCGGUCCUCCGUGGAAGCCUCCUGUGCUCCCAGGGUGCGCCUCGAGCCCUGGGAGCGGAGCAGCCGCAGACAGCUGGCGGGAGGGCGCGCCCUCCCAGCGCCCUGGACUCCAGGGCGGACCAUUUCAGGAUCCCACAGCCCGGCGGGCCCCAGGCCCUUCCUGUUCCUCCCGCAGGCCCUGGUGCUAAGGAAGUGGGGGGCAGGCGCUCCUCGGCCAGCAGGGCCACCUCCCCGGUGUGGCCCUGCCCCGUUAGCGAGGGCCGGGCUUGACCACCGGCGCUUCCCUGCAGGCCUGCCCCCCUCCCUGUCCUCCGGGAGCCUCCUGCCUUUCGAGAGCGGGGCGGAGACUGCUGUCCCCAACUGCCCCGGGUGCCAGGCCACCGGAAACAAGGCCUGGGGCGAGGGGCAGGGAGUGUGGAGCACUGGUGACCUCAUCUCCCCCAGGCUGCCUCCUGGCCCGGCCCGUCCUCCCACUCGGCCUCGGCCGUCAGGCGUGUCUGAUAGGGCCUGGCUGGGCCCGGCAGCCCUGGGCAGAAGCGGGUCGCCGUGGGGAGUGCCCCGUCCAGGCCCAGCUCCUGCUCCUCCGCAGCCCCCAGGCCGCACUGUCCUGAGCCCCCAGAGCUCAGGGUUCUGCCUUGCUGUGUCGAACCCGGCCCCAGGGCGGUGCCUCGGCCUUGGCUGCCCACAGGGGCCUUUCAUCCGCAGCUGUGGCUGGGAGCAGCAGGUGCCACCUGGGGACAUGUCAGUGGGGUCUUGGUUAGCUGCGUCCCACCUGGAACCCUGAGCGGGCUGAGGGCCAGGGUGGCAGGGCAUGUCAGUGUGGGUGGUAUGAUGGGACACGUGCCUUCAAGGGUCCUCGGGGGCCACCUUCUCAGGCCAGUGCUGGUUUGAAGGGCUGUGGGCUCAGGCCAGGGGGGCUGUGUGCGUGUGCGUGUGCGUGUGCUCCCGUGUGUGCUGUGAAUAAAGACCUGCCUACCUCCCAGGAGGCGCAAAGGCCCGA